UCAAGGAAGAAUGAAGAAAACCAGCGGUUUCCCUGGGUUGAGUUGAAAGGUUUUGAGAAGCCGGAGGAGUGUGAUUGUGCGGCAGGAUUCAUCGUCAAGAGCGCAGGCAUGCAGAAACCACCAGUUGCCCCCAAACCAAAGAAUGCCCAGCCGCAGAGGCCAGGGCCCUCCCCCUCCUCGACCCCCAAAAGAGAUGUCUUCUCUCAGGCUUCCCUCUGUACACCAAAGACGAUUAAACCAGCUCUGGCCCCUAAACCACCAUGCCUACCCAAACCAUGCCUCAUCACUUCUGUGGAGUCCAAACCACCACGCUUACCCAAACCAUGCCUCCCCGCCGCUAUGGACUCCAAACCUCUUUCCUCAAAGACUGUCCAUCACCAUCAGACUUAUUCUCAGAGACCAUCAGAGAUGUCUACAAGUAUAGGUCUUCUGAAGUCCAGGAAUACAGUACCUGAUUGGGAUUAUAUUAUUCCUAUCUGUCUGUGUAGCCAGAAGAACUGUCUGUGUAGCCAGAAGAACUGUCUGUGUAGCCAGAAGAACUGUCUGUGUAGCCAGAAGAACUGUCUGUGUAGCCAGAAGAACUGUCUGUGUAGCCAGAAGAACUGUCUGUGUAGCCAGAAGAACUGUCUGUGUAGCCAGAAGAACUGUCUGUGUAGCCAGAAGAACUGUCUGUGUAGCCAGAAGAACUGUCUGUGUGUUGGGAACAGUAUCACGGAUACAGUGAUCACGGAUACAGUGAUUAACACAAUUCAUAAGGACUUGAAAACAUUGCAUAACAAUGGCAAAACGGAGGAAUCCAGAAUAAAGCCUGUUCCCAGAUCUCAAUCUGGAGAGAACAAAGGGGUCAACAACAAGAGGAAAACAAUCAACAACAACACUCUACCAGACAUUUGCGUACAGGUUGUGUUGCUGUCCACCAAUAACCACCUCUUAAACCCGAAACAGAACCUCAACUCAGACAUUGUGAGGCCAUCAUCACGCCCUGACAUAAAGCGCCCUCUUCCUCAGAGAACGCAUAGCAAUGAAACCAACGGUAACGUCGUCGCCACCUCCUCUAAUGCCAUUGGUCACGGAGAACAGGAAGAUCCCACCAGCUCCACAGGGAUUGGCAGAGACACUGGCACAUCCAAUCAAAACCCAGCUGCCCCUAGGAAGCCCCUCCCUGUCCCAGUACCACGGAAACCCAGGAAGUCUGCUCUGGUUGGACAGGAAGUCCCAGAGGAGGGGAGGCAAGGGAGGGAAACGACUGUCAAAAAGGUGUCACUGGAGAGGAAGAGCAGCCCAACUCUGUCUGUCAACGCACCUGCUUCUCGGGCACACAACAUCGUAGAAAGUCCUGCCAGUACAAAUGAUAGCUGGGAGGGUCUCCCAUCCUCCAGGACACCCGGCCCACCACCUGUUCCUGCUCCCCCUCCCAGAAAGGAAGCCUUUCUUUCUGAACCUGAGAGAGGAGCACCGACCUCCUCUGCCACCUCCUCUCAGCACCUCCUCCCCACCUCCUCCCCUCUGCACCUUCUCUCCUCCUCUCAGCACCUCCUCCCCACCUCCUCCCCUCUGCACCUCCUCCCCUCCUCUUCCUGUCUACACCUCCCUCAGGAUGUAGAGGAGGAAGAGCUGAGAUGGGUGGAUGACGGUGUCUAUGAACUGGAGUGUUCAGUGGACAAGGAAGAGGAGGAGGAAGGGAGGAAUGAAGAGGAGGAGAUCCAUGGUGAGAUUAGUUGUCAUCCUCUCUCAACCAGUCUUUCCAACCAGCUGAAGCUCAGCUCCAACUGCCACUUUCCCCUCACCUUAACAACCACUGGGAGUUACAAAGAAGACGCGAGUGCUCAAAACAAGAUGGCCGGCUUCCCCAAGAAACCGCAGAGACGCAGCUCCCCAGCAGCAAGGGUACUGAAGAAUGAACUGUCAGAAGAGAGAGAAGUGGCGGAACGAAAGACUUCCGAUAGUGACGAUGAUGGAGGUGCCCUCACCAAGGCCACGAAAGCUAUGAGAAAGCUCCCUGCAACCCCGGGAGAGGAUAAACCAAAAAGGAACAGCAUCUUUCAGACGCUGGUGUCUCCUGUAUCCCGUAAGAGGAGCACGGACAACACACAGACAAAGGGCAGCUUGCCAACAGAUGAAACGCUGUCACCAUCCAAGCCCUCCAGCCUGGGGAAGCAGAAGGCCAAGUCCUUCUCCUCUGCCGACCUGACCCCUUCUGAGGGACAGAAACGGAACUCUUUCCGGAGGCUUCUCGAUCUGAAACUCUCUGUCAAGAUGCUGCCCAAGCUGCUAGCCAAGGGAGGCCAGUCUCUAGAUAGCACUGCAGCUGAGGCAGAACAAUAUGCGGAUGAUGUAUUCCAAGACAGUGGUGUCUGUUUCCAGGAACGCCUGGGCAUUCGGGUGGGGGACGCCCACAAGUUCUCCUGUCCCCAGCUGGGGGUGAUCGGGGUUGGGGCGGAGCAGAGCGUGGACGGGGAUGAGAUCCACUACCCCGGAGCGGAGCAGGCUGUGGAGUAUGAAAAUGUACCCUAUUACGAGGCGAUACCUGAUUAUUUUAACCAGCCUGUUGGACUAGGAUUACGGGGGAGUGAGCUGGGGGUGGGUACACCACCGGACCAGUCGGAGUGCCACAACCACCUGUAUGAUAAUGCCAAUAUCUACGAGGAACUGGAGCCGUACCAUCCCCUGAAGAGACGCAGUGAACAGCACAGCAGCAUGGAGAGGAGUUCUAUAGAUGAGGAUGUUGGCCCGCUAGAUGGUCAGUCGGAUGAGGACGUCAUGGUUCAGAGUUCGGAUGAAGAGGAUGAGGAGAGUUCCUCCUCUAGCAAAGGAGAACCUGAGAAGCCUGAGGAGAGGGAGGCUGCCAGUGGUGCCAAGCGGAACAAGAUAGUCCACAUCGCCAGAGAGAUCAUGAGCUCCGAGAAUGUAUUUGUCAACGUCCUGAAGCUUCUCCAUAUCGACUUCCGUGACGCGGUGGCGAAGGCUUCUCGUCCGAGUGGGAAGCCUAUUAUAGAGGAGGCUAUUCUGAACCAGAUCCUGUACUAUCUGCCCCAGCUCUACGAACUGAACCAGGACCUGCUCAGAGAGCUGGAGGAGAGGGUCGCCCAGUGGGACGAACAUGGUCGUCUAGCGGACGUCUUUGUGAAGAAAGGGCCUUAUCUGAAGAUGUAUUCCACAUACAUCAGAGAGUUUGACAAGAAUGUGGCCCUACUAGAUGAGCAUAGCAGGAAGAAUCCAGCCUUCGCUGCAGUGGUGCGGGAAUUUGAGGCUGGUCCUCGCUGUGCCAGCCUGGCUCUGAGGCAUUACCUGCUGAAACCUGUUCAGAGGAUCCCUCAAUAUCAGAUGCUGCUCACAGACUACCUGAAGAACUUGUCUCCAGACUCGGCAGAUUACAAAGACACACAAGCCGCUCUGGGCAUCGUGAAGGAGGUGGCCAACCAUGCCAAUGACAUCAUGAAACAGGGGGAUAACUUCCAGAAGCUGAUUCAGGUUCAGUGCCGUCUGAACGGACACCGUGAAAUCGUCCUGCCUGGGAGGGUGUUCCUGAAAGAGGGUGUACUGAUGAAGCUCUCCAGGAAGGUCAUGCAGCCCAGGAUGUUCUUCCUGUUCAACGACACAUUGCUGUACACCACACCUGUUCAAUCUGGCCAGUUCAAACUCAACAACAUGCUGUCUCUGACUGGGAUGAAGGUCAGCAAGCCCAGCCAAGAGGCCUUUCAGAAUGAGCUGACCAUUGAGAGUGUGGAACGCUCCUUCAUACUCUCUGGCAGUUCUGCGGUUGAGAGAGAUGAUUGGCUGGAGGCCAUCUCCACAGCGAUCAAUGACUACACCAGGAAGAAGAUUUCCUUCAUCUCCAGCAAGACUCUGGAGGAGACUGGGUCUGAGGACAGUGACAGUGGGGCCUCUUUGGGUUCUAAGGCCCCUAUCUGGAUCCCAGACCCAAGGGCCACCAUGUGUAUGGUCUGUACCUGUGAGUUCACCCUCACCUGGAGACGACACCACUGCCGAGCCUGUGGAAAGGUGGUGUGCCAGUCCUGCUCCUCCAACAAACACUGUCUGGAGUAUCUGAAGAACCAGCUGGCCAGAGUGUGUGAUCAGUGCUUUAUUGUACUACAGCAGCAGAGAAGUGAAAAGGCCCUGUCUGCAAUGCUCUCCCCUGGAAAAUCCUCCUUUGCUUUCACCAGGAAAACGAAGAAGAUCCCUGCUGCCCUCAAGGAGGUGACAGCAAACACAGACAACUCGUCUAUGAGUGGUUACCUGCAGAGGUCAAAGGUCAAUAAGAAGCAGGGGAAGAGGCUUUGGUUCGUCAUCAAGAACAAAGUCCUGUAUACGUACGCUGCCAGUGAGGACGUGGCAGCGUUAGAGAGCCAGCCAUUGCUGGGCUUCAUGUUGAAAGAGGAGGAAGAGGGGGCAGGACCGGCAGUUCAGAAGCAGCAGUUCAAGCUCUAUCACAAAAACACGCUGCAUUACAUUUUCAAGGCAGACGACAGCCAAACUGCCCAAAGAUGGAUAGAUGCGUUCAAGGAAGCCAUGGUGCUCUAACCAUCAUUCUCUGUGCCUGCAGUCGAUGCACUGUACCUAAGCAGUGACGUUAUGAAGGUGUGGCCGUGUCACUGCUUGAUGAUGUGAAUUUUGUAAUUGUAUUGUAAUACAAUUAAUAUGUCUCUACUGAAAACCAAUAAGAGCACAGUGGAGGCAUUAAUUUCUGAUGCAAGCAUACCUAUAUCCCCAAUGAAGGAUUUCUAAGCAAAAAUGAAAUGCAAAUUUUUACUGUUGACAUGAUGCAGAUUUUUGGGUGGGAUUAUGGGUCAUAGAACACAGGUGGGUCGUUGCAUCAAUUAGGUGCCUUUUUGAGCAGUGUAACGUGGUGAAACAAAACGUUUGAUUUCACCUCAUUUGAACAUGAACAUGAAGAGCACAUGUUCAACUUCAGAAAAUAUAUAUAUUUUCCAUCUCAAGAGGUUGAAUAAAAAUAUACUAUAGUAUAAGUGCAAAAUAAAGUAACAGGGUUGGCUGUGACAGGGUUGGCUGUGACAGGGUUGGCUGUGACAGGGUUGGCUGUGACAGGGUUGGCUGUGACAGGGUUGGCUGUGACAGGGUUGGCUGUGACAGGGUCGGCUGUGACAGGGUCGGCUGUGACAGGGUCGGCUGUAAGUGGGUCGGCUGUAAGUGGGUCGGCUGUAAGUGGGUCGGCUGUGACAGGGUCGGCUGUGACAGGGUCGGCUGUGACAAGGUCGGCUGUGACAGGGUCGGCUGUGACAGGGUCGGCUGUAAGCGGGUUGGCGAUUUUCAUCUUUAAACAGCCAUAAAUCCCCUUGUGACAGGAGGAAUAGAAGUUUGUUGUGUGUCACAUGGAUGAGCAAUUGAAAGUAAACUUCAGAUUUUUGUUUUAUUUUAUUGUUAAAACAUUUCUAGCCUGUAUGUCAACCCAUCAAUGUGUAACAGGGUUGACAUGUUAUGUUCGACCCACUCACUUUUCCACUUAAAAAGCCCAGAAAAUGGCCAAAAUGAGUAGAACCAGCUUACCUGCUUAUACACUGGUUUGAAUAUUAUAUAUUUAUUUAGCAGAACAUUUUAUUUUAAGGAAUAGUUUCACCAUAUUAAAAUGAGAGUUCAGCUCACAUAACAGGGUUGACAAAAUGAGGGACAGACGUAAAUGAAUCACUAAUCACAUUAAAUAAAUACAUUUACAGAAAUUACUUUGUCAAAGUAACAAAAUAACUAGAGCUUUACAAUGAUGGUGAAAUCUUGGAUAAAUGUUGGGAUUAAAGUGUGUUAAAAUCUUCAUAGAUGUCAUAGAUGGUCCACGGAGGGAUGACAAAUUUCUGCAUUUUGGCACUUUAGCAAGUCUUUAUUUAUAUGAAAAAUAUGUUUUUAUUAAAUUAUCCAUGUGCUAUAUAUUAAAGGGCACUUCAAUUUUUUAUUUUAAUUUAACUAAGCAAGUCAGUUAAGAACAAAUUCUUAUUUACAAUGACGGCCGACCCUGGACAAACCCUAACCAGGACGAUGCUGGGCCAAUUGUGUGCCGCCCUAUGGGACUCCCAAUCACUUCUGGUUGUGAUACAGCUUGGAAUCGAACCAAGGUCUGUAGUGACGCCUCUAGCACUGAGAUGCAGUGCCUUAGACCGCUGGGCCACUCGGGAGCCCAAAAUUUAUAUAACAGGCUUUUAAAAUGCAAUAUUUGGGCACAAUUUCUACUUAAAAUGUCAGAGACGCAAAAGCCACUUAUUUCGUGGAUCAACCCAGGUGCUAAAGUCACUAUACAUGGUGGAAGACCAUAUUUGGCCUUAUUUUACCAAUUCAAAUGCCGUCAGCCCUCAUCUCUUGUACAUAAGAGCUGUAGAGUUUUGUUUCAGACAUGUCAUUGUUGGUGACAUCUGCAUUUUUAGUAUUUGCCGUUAAGGUUGAUUUGAAUAUCUUAUUUUAAUGCAUUAUGCAGAACAGUCAAAUAAAUGUGUGGUUUUAUCACAGGACUUGUUCUAUGGAAUGUUGUUGAUACAUAAGACCUCUUUUCAUCAUGCCAUUGCAGUUAUGUCAUCAGGGGAAAACACAACGAGAGCAUAAUUCACACCAAUACAGCUAAUACAGUAGUACAAUACAGUAGUACAGACACGUCUGUUUGUUUACGGGCACCUGAAAAACAUUGAUGCAUUUGUGUGUGUGGGGUGGGGAAUUCACUCAUGAACACAUGGGCCUUUGCACUUGUUCUGUGGAAUGAAUAAAUCAAAUCCUAACAGUUUACCUUUCAAUAUUCCUUUAUUAGGCACUAGAGCACUCGAUCCUAGUUAUUAAACUCUAACAUUUUGCUAUCAUGGAUACUGAUUUUAAAUAGAAUUUUAAAUAAAUCAAGUUUACAUAUAUUUUAUAUUUACUGGUCUGAUUACCCUUUUCUGCACUAUGUGCCUAUUUUAAUAAACACUUGUCGUAUUUUCGCUGUCUCAUCUCUUAUGCCAUCAACAGUAGGCUAACGGGACAGAAUUGUGGGCCUGGGACAGAAUUCCCGUCUUGUUUUUUCUGACGGUGCAAACUAGGCUAUUUGAUUGGUUUAAAGAAAAUCUCAGAGAUCUCAAAUUGGGUGAAGGAUACUGUAGUUUGGUGGUCUAAGUGAUUAGUAUCAAGUUCUGAAUAAUCUCUAUGAUUGCCCUUUACUUUGAACAGUUCUCCUCCUCUCACCUUUUUCCUUCGCUUGUGUACUUCAGUGCACAACACAACAGCUGUCUGUGACCAGGCGAAAAAACUUUUCCAAGCUAAAACUUCAUACCAUAACUGCUAACCGCUACACACAGCCUACAUCGUUGUCACCAUAAUUAGCUAACGUCAUUGUCAACAUAGCUACUAAAACUAAUGCGUUAGUAAACACGCUACAAUCAUGCAGCACAGUGUACAGCAAGCAGUUUAGCACUUACACCGGAGGGCCCGGUGGCAAUAAAUUAAUACAACUAAAAGCUUACCUUGACUUGGAAGAGUUCCUGUGUUGGAUAGCCUUAGCCAGCUAGCUAACAUAGAAUCCCUCUCUGUUUGAGUAGGCUAAACUAGCUAGCUGCAUUCACUAGCUAAGUAAGUGAAAGUGGGAAAAAAAUACAACAAAAUAUAGCUAGCUCUCUCUCUCUCUCUUGCAUCUCAACUACUCAACACAUUUUAUGCACUGCAGUGCUAGCUAGCUGUAGCUUAUGCUUUCAGUACUAGAUUAAUUAUCUGAUCCUUUGAUUGGGUGAACAACAUGUCAGUUCAUACUGCAAGAGCUCUGAUAGGUUGGAGGAUGUCCUUUGGAAGUCAUCAUAAUUACUGUGUAAGUCUAUGGAAGGGGAUGAGAAGAACUAUAGGUCUUUACCUAGGAACGGGUCCAACUUUUGGGACCCGUUCCUAAAUAGACUUGGGGCUUUCCCAACUGGACCCGUCGUGGAUAUAUCCAUUUUUAAAAAUAGAGACCCGUUCUAAAUGGACCCGAGCACAACCAGACCCC